AUGCCGGUGCCUCCUAAACCAUGGGAGAGGUCCGGUGGCGUGGAUUCAGUUCCCAUUUCAUCUCCGUCUCCCAAUGCCACUACGGAUGUCGCUCCUGCUAUACCUGAACGGCCUUCUAAUUUAAGUAGCGCAAACCCAGAUUCAGUUGUGGGCGCUCACCGGUCAGGCCCAGGUGGCUAUGGUACUGGGAUGGGUGGCUACGGAUCAUAUGGAUCUACUUAUAACUCACCGUAUUCACGCUUUGGUGGUUACGGCGGCUACGGAAGUAUGGGUUAUGGAGGUAUGGGCUAUGGCGGAAUGGGCUACGGCGGCUUUGGCAACAUGGGCUACGGCGGCUACGGCGGGAUGGGCUAUGGCGGCUAUGGAGGUAUGGGCUAUGGCGGCUUUGGAGGUAUGGGCUACGGUCAGCCUGGCGAAUACUCCUUGACACAACGCAUGGAGAGCGGCACACAGGCAACUUUUGAACUUAUUUCUUCCAUUGUGGGAGCAUUCGGUGGCUUUGCACAGAUGUUGGAGUCUACAUUCAUGGCCACUCAUUCUAGCUUCUUUGCCAUGGUCGGUGUGGCGGAUCAAUUCGCCCAUCUUCGCAACUACUUGGGCGAAGUGCUCAGUAUUUUUGCCCUCGCUCGACAGCUUAAACACUUAUAUUUGCGCAUGACUGGUCGGGGCUCACUUGUGGGCAUUGACCCGAAAGAAUUCAGCGACUUUCGUCGUGGUGCGCCUGGUAAACAUCGUCCAAGCAAGCGCCCCCUGUUUAUUUUCUUCCUUGCCGUCAUUGGUUUACCUUACUUGAUGGGUAAACUGGUCAGGCUGAUUACAGCUAAACAAGACGAGGAGAGAGCACGCUUGGCCAAACAGGCUGCGGAGGCUGGAACAGAUUUGCAGCUGCUCCAGGAUGCUCAGGGGUCUUCCGUUAUUGACCCGAGGCACAAUCAACGACGCCUGGCAUCCACCUUGAGGAACCCCGAAGUAAAUUCUGCAUUUGGUCGUGUCAUUGUAUCUGGCAUCCAGCCUACUGGAAUUCCACAUAACUGGGUCGAACUUCAAAAUAAGGCUGGCGUCAAUGACAAGUUGUACUUCUUCAUUGCUAGCUUUCAUGCUCUGACUGUUCCUCAAAACGCCUCCCAGCUCUAUCGGGAUCGCCGCCAACUCUUGGCUACACUCAUUGCCAUUGGGCUGGAUCCAAAGAAAUGCACAAUCUUUCUGCAAGACCACGUUCCCGAACAUGCGGAGCUAGGGUGGUACUUGAUGUGUAUGUCGCCUUUUGGGCGUCUCGAGCGCAUGACCACAUGGAAGUCGAAGAUCGCAACGCUGCAAAAUAGCGGAAACAUUGAUCAUGUCAACGAAUCUCAGCUACAAUUGGGUCUAUUUGCAUACCCUGUACUUCAAGCUGCUGAUAUUCUCAUGUAUCAUAAUUUACUGCAAAUCUUGGCUGCGUUUGACGGCGGCAUUCUUCGCAAGGCGCUCGCAUCAUCGGAAGAUCCUGACCAGCUCCAGAAUCCGUCCUUUGUAGCGCAACUCCUCAACGACCGCAUGGGUGGCUCAGGGGCGUCUUUAAAAUCUGCUUUGACUGAUACGAUUGUGGAAGAGCUGCGACCUAUACAGGAGGAAUACCAUCGAUUGGAAAAUGAAGCUGGAUAUCUCGACAGCAUUGCCCAACUCGGUUGCGACAAGGCCCGAGCGCAAUGCCAAGAGACCAUGACCGAAGUCCGGAAACUUCUUGGACUUCAUAAUUGA